CCGUAACCCGGAUGUACACGGUAUCCAGCAUGUUCUCCUACCCACGUGUGUAGUUACGUUUUCUGAUGCGGAGCGUCAUGUAGACUUCUACUGCCGACUUUUAAUGGAUUAUGUUUAGUUAGAUUUGUUAUAUUUAGAGUCCAUUAUGAAAUUUGCGUACAAAUUUUCCAAUUUGCUUGGCGCUGUUUAUCGCCGCGGAAACCUGAAUUUCUCCAAGGAUGGAAACACCGUGAUAAGCCCCGUAGGCAAUCGCGUUUCUGUUUUCGACCUUAAAAAUAACAAAUCCGAGACGCUGCCUUUUUCCACCUCCAAGAACAUAACCUGCGUUGGUGUCUCCCCGGAUGGAAACCUAGCCAUACUGGUAGAUGAAGACGGAGCCGCCCUGCUCAUAAGCCUGGUAAGCCGAGCGGUGCUACAUCAUUUUCAUUUCCACAAGCCUGUGCACAGCGUGAGCUUCUCUCCGGACGGCAGGAAAUUCGUGGUCACAAAAGAAAAUGUGGCCCUUAUGUACCACGCCCCUGGGAAGACGAGGGAGUUCAAUGCCUUCAUGCUGGACAAGAGCUACUACGGCCCCUACGACGAAACCACAUGCAUUGAUUGGACUGACGAUUCCAAGUGCUUUGUGGUUGGCAGCAAGGACAUGACGACCUGGGUGUUCGGAACCAAGCGCUGGGCCAACCUUGUGUACUACUGCCUGGGUGGACACAAGAAUGCCAUUGUGGGCUGCUUCUUUGAGCAGGACAGCUUGGAUCUGUACACAGUGAGUCAGGAUGGGGCACUGUGUGUUUGGGAGUGUGACACCGAGCUGGAUGGCUUGCUGCCUGAGAAGCCCAGAGAGGCUCCGCUACAGGAAACGGGUGAGGAAGAGGAGGAGGAGGAGGAAGGGGCUGAAGGACAGCCUCGCGCUGAGGUCAUCCGUGGGAAAUCUGAUGGGAACAGGCAACAGCAAGGCAGCAGGAACGUCUGCUAUAAGCGCCUUGGCAAGUACUUCUUUAACAAGGAGGGUGAUUUCAAUGACUUGACAGCCGCCGCAUUCCACAAGAAGACACACCUACUGGUGACUGGCUUUGCUUCUGGAAUCUUCCACCUGCAUGAGCUCCCAGAAUUCAACCUGAUCCACUCACUCAGCAUUUCAGACCAGAGGAUCUCCUCCAUUGCCAUCAACUGCACAGGAGACUGGAUAGGUUUUGGCUGUUCAGGCAUGGGCCAGCUACUAGUGUGGGAGUGGCAAAGUGAGUCCUAUGUGUUCAAGCAGCAGGGACAUUUCAACAACAUGGCGGCCCUGGCCUACUCCCCAGAUGGGCAGUAUAUCGCCACGGGAGGGGAUGAUGGGAAGGUGAAGGUGUGGAACACCACCAGCGGCCUCUGCUUCGUCACGUUCCUGGAGCACACGAGCAGCGUCACCAGUGUCACCUUCAGCCCACGUGGGUUCGUCAUCGUUAGCGCCUCCCUAGACGGCUCGGUGAGAGCAUUCGACCUGCACAGGUACCGUAACUUCCGCACCUUCACAUCACCACGGCCAGCCCAGUUCUCCUGCCUGGCUGUGGACUGCAGCGGCGAGCUGAUCACCGCUGGGGCCCAGGAUUCCUUUGACAUCUUCAUCUGGUCUAUGCAGACGGGCCGAUUGCUCGAGGUGCUAGCGGGUCAUGAGGGCCCUGUGAGCAGCUUGAGCUUCAACCCGAUGCGGUCCGUGCUGGCUAGCUGCUCCUGGGACCGCACCGUCAAGCUAUGGGACAUGAUGGAUAGCUGGCAGACCAAGGAGACGCUCCGUCUCACUGCCGAUGGCCUGGCUGUCACCUACAGGCCAGACGGCCAGGAGCUGGCGGUGGCCACACUGGACGGUGAAAUCUCUUUCUGGAACCCACAAACGGCCUCUCAGACGGGCUCCAUCGUGGGCCGCCAUGACCUUCAAAUGGGCCGGAAAGAGACUGACAAGAUCACAGCCAAGCAGGCCGCCAAGGGCAAGUCCUUCACCUCCUUGUGCUACUCUGCUGACGGCCAGUGUGUCCUGGCCGGUGGCCAGUCCAAGUUCGUCUGCAUAUACAGUAUCAAAGAGCAGAUCCUUGUGAAGAAGUUUGAAAUCUCAUGCAACCUGUCUCUAGAUGCCAUGGAGGAGUAUCUGGACCGGAGGAAAAUGACAGAAUUCGGGAGCCUGGCACUACUGGAUGAAGGGGUUGGGGACGGCGAGACGAUGGCUGUCAGCCUUCCGGGUGUCCGGAAAGGAGACAUGAGCUCUCGGCAUUUCAAGCCAGAGAUCCGAGUCAGUUCCCUGCACUUCUCCCCUACGGGCCGCAGCUGGGCAGCUACCUCCACCGAGGGCCUACUGAUCUACUCUCUGGAUGGGGGGUUGGUGUUUGACCCGUUUGACCUGGACUUGGACGUGACUCCCACCAGUGUUCGGCGUCAGCUCCACCAGGCAGCGUGGGCAGUGGCCAUUGUACUAGCCUUCCGCCUAAAUGAGAGAGCCCUCACCCGGGAAGUGCUAGAAGCUGUGCCGUAUGACCAAGUGGAGGUGGUGUGUAGCUCACUACCGGACCUGUAUGUGGAAAAGUUACUGGGCUUUGUAGCUGCGGAGCUGGAGAGUUCCAAUCACCUGCAGUUCUACCUCACCUGGGCCCAGCGCUUGCUUAUCUUCCAUGGACAGAAGCUCAAAGUCAGGUCAGGAGCGAUACUACCGACCAUCCAGUCCUUACAGAAGAGCAUCCAGAAGCACUUUGAGGAUUUGUCCAAGCUCUGUGAGUGGAACAUCUACACUAUCCGCUAUGCGGAGGCCCUGUCCAAACAGAGGGGCCUGAAGAGGGCUGCAUCAGAGGCAGCUAGUGACGACGAGAGGUCAGAAGUGUCAGACCUUAUGAGCGAGCCGUCCCUCGAGGAGACUGACAUGCUCAGCUAGGGAUCCUCAAACCUGGAGACUGCCAUUCUUGCAUAUCAAGUCCCAUGUGUCGAAUAGCAAAGAUGUAUUGAAUAAAGUUUUGGCUGAACAGAUGAACCGAAGGGGUCAAAAUCUGGCACGUCGUCUGCAUCGAGCCACCUUGCACCUCAGAGCUUUUGCAUCUGAGCCAUGCUAGUGCAUUGUGGGAAAUAAAGUGACUGACAGGUGACCCUGACAUGUAGACCGUGUAUGUGAGAUUUUAAAAAAAUAUUUUGAACAGAAA